GGGUGAUUGCCACUGAUCGUUACCUAUUCUUUGCGCUCUGAGCGCGAUCGGGAAAAAGGCACAAUGACACCCAACGGCAUGUUCUUGCCCUUUCUAUAUCCGUGUCUGUACACGUCAAGGAGCAAUGCGCCGCGAGUGUUGAGGACUUCUUUGCAACUCGGACGACCGAAGAGAAAGCUUCAAUGCCUGACGAAAAGGCACAUCGCAACAGUCUCCAGCACCCAGGGAGGACAUGAGGAUGAGAGCUUCGACGACACACCGGAAAGUGAGCUCGAUCGAUUGGACCCACCACCCGACUCAUACUCCAUCACACCCUUCACCGACCGAUGUUCGAUCGUCCUGAAUGCAGGCGCUGGAGGCCACGGCUGUAUCAGUUUCUUGCGCGAGAAAUACAUCGAGAAUGGUCCGCCUAAUGGUGGUGAUGGAGGAACAGGAGGAAAUAUCUAUAUCCAGGCCGUGCAAGGCGAGACCUCAUUGCACAAGCUUGCGCGACGAGGAAUUCUAAAAGCUGGUCGUGGAAAGAACGGUCAAGGAAAAGGUCAAGGAGGAACAAGAGGAGAGGACAUCUUGAUCACCGUACCGGUCGGUACUAUCGUUCGAGAGGUGUGGCGACACGACCCUAUCGCAGAGGAAGAGCUGGCAGACAAGAGAGCAAAGGCCAUGGGUGCAGAUGCCAACUGGGACAACGAACAACCAGGAGUCGUCGACAAUACCCGCAAAUGGAGACGAGACAAAUGGCUGCUAUUCCCUGGCGCCAUGCCACAAUCUUUCACCUCCGCCGACUUCCCUCCUCUACCUCGACCUCGUAGAUCGCAAAUCGCCAUGGCCCAACCUCCGGCACCGAUACGUUUGGAUCUGGAUGCACCAAUGGAAGCCCCUCAACUUCUCGCUGCUGGAGCAAUGGGUGGUCUAGGAAACCCCCAUUUCGUGACAAAGAGUAUCACCCGCCCGAAAUACGGCACUAAAGGCGACGAGGGCAUGAAAGUCGAAAUCCAACUCGAACUCAAACUCCUCGCAGACGUCGGUCUCGUCGGCCUCCCCAAUGCCGGAAAAAGUACCCUCCUCCGCGCCAUCACCAACAGCCGCGCCCGCAUCGGCAAUUGGGCCUUCACAACCCUCCAACCAAACAUCGGCACAGUCGUCCUCGACAACCACAAAGGCCGCCCUUUGGUCGCCCUCUCCGAUCGCAAAAAGGGACCCCCUCGCACCAACUUCACCAUCGCCGACAUCCCCGGCUUAAUCGAAGACGCCCAUCUCGACCGCGGUCUAGGACUCGGCUUCCUCCGCCACAUCGAGCGCGCCGGCAUCCUCGCCUUCGUCAUCGACCUCAGCGCCGGCGACGCCAUCACCGCCCUCAAAGGCCUCUGGAAAGAAGUGGGCCAAUACGAACUCCUCCGCGACCAAGAAGUAAACGCCGAAUCCGAACGCCGCAUCGAAGAGGAAAAAGAACUGGUCCGCUACUCCCCCCUCGUAAAAGCCCAACCCGCAAAUAUCUUCGAAGAUGGCGACACCGUGCUAUUCAACCCCGAUGGCUCUCGCAUCUUACCUGAAUUGAAACUUCCUCCUAUUUCCUCAAAGCCGUGGUUGGUCAUUGCCACAAAGGCCGAUUUACCGGAAACGAGGGAGAAUUUCAAGGCGCUGCAGGAAUAUUUGAAGAAGGUUGGGGAAGGGGUGGAAAUACAUCCUAGUGGGAAGAAAAAUGCUUGGAGGAAGAAGUUGCAUGCGAUUCCUAUUAGUGCCAUUAAAGCGCAGGGUGUGGAGAGAAUCACCCCUAUUGUGGUGGAUCUUUUGGAGAACUAGAAGACCCGGCGAUCACAAGGUUGGCAUAGAGGGGAUGCAUUCAUUGUACGAAUAGAUGUAUCAUAUUGUCUGAACUAGAUUUUUCAUCUUGCACUUCUUAGCUACAGCUACCUGGCCCCUUCCAAGAUAUACUUAUAGUCCUGCAAACAUGAUGCAGACCUCCGAUCUCGAC